ACACCGGGGCGUAUGUCUCGGCGGGGACGGUGGCGGGUGCAGCCCUCGGUGGGGCCGCCGCCAUGGACGCAGGUGGGUGCGGAGCCGCCGCUUCUUCCCGCGCCUCGGGACGGCCCGCGGGGGGUCCGCCGGCUGUGCCUCCCCGCGGGUGGAGGGCUGAGCGCCGCGGGAGGAAGGCCUUGCCCGGCGGGAGCCUCAGCUCUGUCGCCCGCGGCCUCGAGAGCGGCGUUUGCCUGAGCCCUGAGGGCCGCCUGGUCCCGCUCUGCGGGAGGUUUGGGCUCUUCCCAGCGCGGAGGGAGCGAACCCCCUGUGCCUCUUUGGCUGCCGCUGGUCGGGGCCGGGAGAGAAGGCGCGGCCGGGGCCGGGACAGCGGAGGGCUGCGGAGGUGGGGAAGGGUCUGCGGGCACGGGCUGCCAGGGGCUCUGAGGGCCGUGGUUUGUUCGGCCCAGAGCACGGGAGCUGAGCGGGGACCUUGUGGCAGCUGCAGCUCGGCUCUGUGACAGCGACAGGGCCCGAGGGAACGGCAUGGGGCUGUGUUGGGGAGGGGCAGCUGGGGGUCAGGGAGAGGUUCUGCAUCACAGGGCGGUGGGCACGGCCGUAAUGCCGGAGCUCAGGGAGUGCUGGGACACCGCUCUGAGACAUUGGGUUUGGGCGGUGCUGUGUGGGGCCGGGGGUUGGAGUUGAUGAUCCUUGUGGGUCCCUUCCAACUUGGGGUGUUCUGUGAUAACUUGGUCUUACCUUUGCUCGCUUCUCCUGUCUGGCCCUCAUCUCUCCCAUGAUACCAGCAGAACUGCUCGUGAUGGAGAUCUUGCUUUCCUGCAGGAAAACAAAUGUGCUGGCAUUCAGAUUGCAGCUGGUAUCCCGCUAGCCAUGGUGCAGCGCCAGCCUGCCCUUGCCCUGCGCAGAGAUAAGUGGUGCUCUGUGAUAGCAGUAUCUCCUGUACCUCCUUCAUGCUGGGCAGGCAUCUGCAUGGGGCUGUGCACCCAAUGGCCACGCUGCUCACAGUGUCUGUGGCCUCGAUGCCGAGCUGCGGUUGGGCUGAUAGAGUCCCCGCUUUGUGCCACCAUGUCCUUGUGUGCUGUCACAUCAGUGUCUUGCACCUGGGAACGACGCGUGUUCUGACAAGUGAAACAACACAACCAGAGCCAACGGGCGUGUUUGCUUGCCCUUUAUGUAAGCACAGCGAGGCUUAUCAAGGGAAGAAAAAACCGUGCUGUGAUAGCAGGGCUUCGCUCUGCUGCAUCUCCUCCUCUGCAGGACUGGUCCUGGGCUGUGAAGUAAGGAGCACUGGAACCCUCUGGCCCAGUGACAGGCUGGCAGGCUUUGAACCACUCAGCCUCACGGUGCCUUAACUCCUUGUUUUUGCUCAGAUAAUUGGGAUUUGUCUUGUCUCUUUCAGACAGGCUUAGGGAAAAGGAGGGACUUAAUCUCUCUUCUGCAAAGGCCAGAAGUAAGCAUUCAGGCUGUCCUUCAGCCAUCUGCUUUCCAAGCAUUUUUCAGCUUUGAACUUCUCUAGUACAACAGAUUUACCUUCUUGACCCUCAGAAACAUCCUGCGUCUGGUAGCUUUCAUCCUCUCCACUCCGAUUCCCUUUUUGAUGUACUUCCCUCAGCCUUGAGGGGUGACCAUCUGUCUCAUUCCCGAUACUUUUGCUGGUGUUCACUGGGUCUGAAGGACUUGGGAAAGCAGCCCUGAGCUGUUGCUGCCUGAGGAGCAUUCGUUCCUGUGUUGGAGAGAGGAGCACUGCCAGAGAGGGGGAUGCACAAGAGGGAAUUUGGGGAGUGAUCUAUUGUAAAGCCUGGUUUUCCUUCACCUGGCAUGCCAGAUCUUUACUUCCACAUUUUUUAUGUAAAGAGGAAGGAAAAAAGAAAAAGUUGACAAAACUGCCAAGCUGUGCUUGCAAACUACAAUCGAGAUGAUUUGUGCUGGAGCAAAGAUCAGCCUUUUUGCUGUGUAAAGCAUAAGGAAAUUCACUUGAGUCAUCGACGUUUAGACUCCUUUCUUUCAUGAAGUUGACAGAAAAACAGCUCUUGUUUUGCUAAAGCAAUAAAAGUUUGGCACAUGGAAGGCUUUGCCUCUUCCAUCAGGGCUUUGGGAUGCUCCAGCAAAUCCCAUGCAAGGUGUGCCCAUGGGGCAAAGAUCCAACCACUGCUGCAUCACUCACAGUGUGUCUGACACUCCUGUAAGGAGAAGCUGCCUUUCUGAGGGUGUGCUCUGCGUGGCUCAGACUUUCACCCAUUUAACUUCAGAUGCACCGUGCGCUGGGGGAAACUGAGCUGUUGUUCUGGUGUGUGUGUGUGGAUCUCCUGCAGAGGCUGCUGCUCUGCCUUGCUGGAUGUGCAGAGGUCAGCCUUGAAAACAGAUCGAGGGCUUCUUGAAGGUGAAGCUUUGGAUCACUGCCUGAGAAAAAUUGCUGAUCUCACCUGACUUCUGCAGCUGUGAGGAGAGCAUCUUCAAAGAGGAUUUCUGCUUCAUGAACUCCUGGUGUUAUUUAUGGACAGGCCCUUUGCUUCUAACCACGCAGCUCACUGUGCUCUUACCUGAACUACUUUGGGCCUGCUUGCUGAAAUAUGCAGCUCAUCUCAGCAGCAGCACAGUGGAUGUAAUUUUGAAAAAGUGCCAAAGGUUGUGAAGAUGGAUAUUUGUGAGGGGAGCACGCAGACACUGCCUUCAGCCUGCUGGGGGUUUACUGUUCCCGUUCAAAUGUUCUUAACCUGUAGUAGUAGCACUCAGUUUCUUCCCUGUGAAGGUGAAAUCUUAGCUCCUGUACUUAACCUUUCAGAUGGCGGAGAGUAUUUUCUUUAAUUAAAGGACAAAGCUCCAUAUGUAGUAAAGCCUGCCUGUGUAGUUUGGGCACGCAGCUGGACCUGCCAGACUUGUGCACAGAGCCCUGACAUAAGGCAUUCAGCUGAAGGGUUGCAAGUGUGGGAUUUUCCUCCCAAGUGUUUGGUGUUGUGGUGCUUGCAGUUUGCAUGCCGUACGCAUGAGGUGACCCAGCAGGCAGCCUGGAAGCUGCUUGGGCAAUUGCUGGCCCCUUCCUAUGUAGCAAUGCCACAUCCCUAAGAGGAAUUUGUGAAAUUUAAAAGAGCAAACAGAAAGUGAUGCAUGCAAGUGUCUGCAGAAGUUGUCGUUGGGUGGAGGGAUGUCAGCACUGAGCAAGAAGAGAGCAAAACAAGUCAAGCUAUUAAGAUAGACACAACAUGUGGACUGUUGGAGAUCUGUGAAUUUUGGCUACUGCAUAUAAAGCCAUUCUUAAUUUCCCCUGACAACAUUUAGCAGUGAAAAAGAUUGUGUUACUUUGCUCCCACUUUUCUGUGCAAGCAGAAUUGCUUUGCUUGGAUAGCUUCGUGCCUGGGUUAGGGCCAGAGCCUAGUUCAGAAUUUGAUUUAGGAGCCCACUCUGCGUUUGUGUUCCCAGGGCUCCUGCUUCCAUGGGAGCUGGUCUGAGUGGUGGUGUCCUGCUGCUGCUUAUGGGUUCCCUCUGACAUUAGGAACUGGCAUCCAGUUGCAAGAGCCCAGAGGCAGAAGGCCGAUGAGGUACCUGCAGGAGCCAGAAUGUCUCGCACAGCUUGUUUGCCUGGGUAUAGCACAGGGCUAUAUACCCUAAUCCGAGGUGCCUGGAGAGAGGAGGGGCAGAGCCUUUCUGGAGCUCUCGUUUAUUAAAUGCAAAUCAGCCAGGUCGUCAUUUACUGGAGCUCCAGAUGGUGAUUUUGGAAAGCCAAGUGAGGAACAGCUGGGAGGGAGAGACUCCUAUUCUGCGCACAGCUGUUUGUGAGCAUGGUGGCAUCUGGUCUGAUGGCAGCUACUCUUACCUAUGACACUCUCAGGUUUGAAUAUGAAGAUUUCCCUGAGACCAAAGAGCCUGUUUGGAUCCUAGGCCGGAAAUACAGUGUUUUUACAGAGAAAGAAGAGAUCCUGUUGGAUGUGACCUCUCGGCUUUGGUUCACCUACAGAAAGAACUUUCCUGCCAUUGGAGGAACCGGUCCCACAUCUGAUACAGGCUGGGGCUGCAUGUUGCGGUGUGGCCAGAUGAUCUUUGCUCAGGCCUUGGUCUGCAGGCAUUUGGGAAGAGACUGGAGGUGGAUAAAAGGCAAGAGGCAGACGGAUAAUUACUUCAGUGUUCUUAAUGCCUUCAUUGACAAAAAAGACAGCUACUACUCCAUUCACCAGAUAGCCCAGAUGGGAGUCGGAGAGGGGAAAUCCAUCGGUCAGUGGUAUGGACCAAACACAGUUGCACAAGUGCUUAAAAAACUUGCUACUUUUGAUACGUGGAGUUCACUGGCAGUACAUAUAGCCAUGGAUAAUACUGUUGUGAUGGAAGAAAUCAGGCGGUUGUGCCAGUCCAACUUCUCCUGUGCUGGAGCUGCAGCAUGCCCUGCUGUAGAGGCAGAUGUGCUCUAUAAUGGGUACCCAGAGGAAGCGGGGGUUAGAGAUAAGCUCUCACUGUGGAAACCAUUGGUGCUGCUGAUACCUCUCCGCCUUGGGCUCACAGAGAUCAAUGAAGCCUAUAUUGAAACACUAAAGCACUGCUUCAUGAUGCCCCAGUCCCUCGGAGUGAUCGGAGGCAAACCUAACAGUGCUCACUACUUCAUUGGUUAUGUAGGUGAGGAGCUCAUUUACCUGGAUCCCCACACUACGCAGCCUGCAGUGGAGCCCAGUGACAGUGGCUGUCUCCCCGAUGAAAGCUUCCACUGCCAGCAUCCUCCCUGCAGAAUGAGCAUCGCUGAGCUUGACCCGUCCAUUGCAGUGGGCUUCUUCUGCCACACAGAGGAGGACUUCAAUGAUUGGUGUCACCAAAUCAAAAAGCUGUCCCUGGUAAGAGGAGCACUGCCCAUGUUUGAACUGGUUGAACGCCAGCCAUCACAUUUCUCCAACCCCGAUGUUCUGAAUCUCACACCAGACUCCUCUGAUGCCGACAGAUUGGAAAGGUUCUUUGACUCAGAAGAUGAAGACUUCGAGAUCUUAUCCCUUUGAAAACAAAUAGGAAACUGACUGUGCAAAUUUGUGUUAUGUGUGGGGAGAAGUGGGGGGAGGGAAGCUCCUUGGAGAGCCUGGGGCUACCGGUUUUCAUAGGUGCUUGCUGCCAUCCCUGCCUCUUGUCCAUCCUGGCAUUCUGUGCAGCCUCUGAGCGGAGUGUGCAUUGUCUGCGUUGGGAUGAAGAACCAAGUGGGUGUUGCAGCCUUACUGGCUGGAGUUGGGAUUUCUCAGCAGAAAACACCUGCUGGAAGUGGAUGCAGUGGUGCCUAGGAGUUCAAAGCCUAUCUGUUACAUCAGCAGGUCAGCUGGCCUUCUGGGGGAGCCAUAGAAAUCUUUAGAGCGCUAAAUCCUUACACAGGGACUUCUCUCUGAAGCUUAGAGCCACCCCUCAUUUAGUAGGUGACAUCUACAGUUAUUUCCUUUAGCAGCUUCUCUUCUCAGUGGCCAAUUUGGACUGCAGCUCACAAUGCAAAGUAACGGUAGACACGUCACAGUGAGACAGCUGUGAAGUCCCCAGAGCACAAGUGGCUCUGUUUCCUACAGUGAAACUCCUGUCCAUGCUUUGCAGUGCACAGCACUUUCUCAGAGGUAUAGUACCCCUCUCCUGCUCACGUCCUGUCGAAAGAGAGCUGGGGUAACUUAUAAAUGAGUGGUAAUUCAAUAAGCAAAAGGCUGUCUGGGAAAGUAUGGACCUGUGCUGCUGGAGAGGAACAUCACAACCUCAACUAACAGCAGAAGGAAGGGAAGGAGAAUAGAAAAUGUGUGUGUUCUUGCUGAGUUUGGUAACACACUGUGCUUUUACUAUGGAUUUAUGUCCAUACCAAGUAUCUUCAGGAAAGGUGCUUUGAGCAGAGAACUGGAAUCCACAGCCCUGGGUGGGGAAAAAAGCCCACUGCAGGGGAAGAGGUGAAACAGGACAACUGAGAUCUGCCAGCCACGUGCCUGCCAUAUGUCCCAGUGUGCUGGCAUAGCAUCUAGUGAAUAAUUCUGUUGAAGUGGAGAAAAAAAAAAGUUACACAAUUCCUCGAGGUAUCCUCUGUGGGUUGCUGAGCAGUUUCUCCAGCUACUCCUAUUAGACAUUCCCUUUCCAAAUCAGAAAAGAUGCCUGAAGGUUGAGUAGGCUUCAUAGCUGCAUUGCUACCUUUCCAUUUGCUCUUCGGCAAGCUCCCCUACCUGCAGAGUUUGCACAGGGCAAGGUACUGUAGGAGCUAACCCAUAGAAACCCAUUUCCAGUAGUCACGCCAAAGAUGUCAGCACAGACAGGAUGUCUUGAGAAGGAAGGUCCAACAUGAUACUGGAAGUUGUAGCUGCUUUAAGAUAACAGCUCUGCUGCACAAACAGAAUUUGGAGAAAGCUAAACCAUGGAGGAGAAUUGACUUAAUGCAAACUGCAACAGAAUGUUGCCUAAGUAGUUUCCUUAGUGCAUGCUGCAGACUGCAGAUCUGUUUACAAGGUUUGUUUUGUACAUACAGGAUUGGAACCUGUCAGUUAAUGCUUCUGUGCCCAAGGGUGGUGACAGCUGGCUAGAAAUUACUCAUUUUCCUUCGUGACUGACCUACUGAUGCUUUAACUGUCCCUAUGCUACCCAAAAGCAGAGGUUUGAACUGGGAACCACAAUGCUUCUGUCACUAAAUUAUUAUUUGCUGCUUUCUGCCUGCUUCUCCUCUUCUCUCUUGUAGUUAGGGGAAGAGGCAGCAGAGGAACUGGGGCUGUGCUCCAUUCAUCUGCUUUCAAUUUGUAUCUGAAUAAACAGAUCUAAAAUCUUU